AUGGCAAAUACUACUGUAACUGGCGCGAAGGCCAUCCAUGGGCAGAAUCCACAGUUUCUAGUUGAAAAUGUCAUCCGAAACCGAAUUUACGAAUCGUCGUACUGGAAAGAAUACUGCUUCGCUUUGACUGCCGAAACGUUGAUUGAUAAAGCUAUCGAGAUCAAAUUUAUUGGUGGUGUCUACGGAAAUCAGCGACCAACAGAAUUCCUAUGUCUGCUGCUGAAACUCCUGCAGAUUCAGCCAGAGAAGGAGAUUCUGAUCGAAUAUCUGCAAGCAGAGGAGUUCAAAUACCUUAGGGCCCUCGCUGCAUUAUAUGUCCGCAUGACUUUUAGUGCAGUCGAUGUGUAUGAGAUACUAGAACCGUUGUUGAAAGACUACAGGAAGUUGAGGAAUAGGAAUAUGGCUGGCUAUAGCUUAACGUUCAUGGACGAAUUUGUUUACUCGUUGCUCACGGAAGAGCGCGUUUGUGACAUUAUACUGCCCCGCCUGCAGAAACGCUCUGUUCUAGAAGAACGCGGAGACAUCGGACCCAGGAAGAGCCGCUUGUUGGAUGCUAUGGAGGCCGAGCGCUUAACAGUCUGA